UGUCCGAACACCCGUGUGUAACCGAAGGAAAUAGGCCAGAAAAGUGUUCUAAUGGAAGAAUACUGUCGGCUGCAACUGUGUUAAUCCCGGUUAAAAAUCAYUGUACAUUCUGUAGGAUAUGAUUACGUGGCAUGGAUGGAAACAAUGUAUAUGGGGAGGUGGACUAUUUGCUGCCAGUUGAAGACUCACUCAUUGAAGGAGUCAGCAACCCUGUCUUGUUUGUGGUCGUUCUSAGUGUCACGUUCCUGUGUGGACUGGUGACUCUGCUCUGCAGAAAUGAGCAGCAGAACAUCCACCCGGAGAACCAGGAACAUGUCCGAGCCGUUCGACAGCAGCUGCAGUCUGACUCGCAGGAAGGUGAACCAACAGAGCCCAGGCAGCAGUUCUAUACAGACAUGUCCUGUCCAGUGUGUCUACAGCAGGCCGUGCUGCCAGUGGAAACCAACUGUGGACAUCUCUUCUGUGGUUCUUGUAUAAUUGCAUAUUGGCGAUAUGGGACAUGGCUUGGUGCAAUCAAUUGUCCCAUCUGCAGACAAAUGGUGACCCUGCUGUUCCCUCUCUUCCAUGAGCACGCCGCCCCUCAGCCGGUACAGGAUGGAACGGUUGAACCGCUCCUCAUCCUCCGGGAUCUACAAGACUACAACCGCCGGUUCUCAGGACAACCCAGAUCGCUGAUGGACCGGCUGCGUGACGUUCCCACGUUGCUGCGCCACCUCUUCAGGGAAAUGUUCUCCGUCGGAGGCCUGUUCUGGAUGUUUCGUAUCCGUAUCCUGCUGUGUCUGAUCGGUGCUCUGACCUACCUGAUCUCCCCUCUGGACUUCAUCCCUGAGGCUCUGUUCGGUCUGCUAGGCUUCCUGGACGACUUCUUCAUCAUCCUGCUUCUGUUCAUCUAUAUCUCUAUCAUGUAUAGAGAGGUGGUGACCCAGAGACUGGCAGGAGGAAUGGACAUCCGUUCACUUCGGCUGCAGGGAAAUUGAUUGUGAUGCAGGAGCCACGAGGACAAUAUAUGCCAUGGUCAAGAGUUACUGAUCAUCGCUUAGCUUCAGGUCAAAGACAACAACCAGAGCUCUGUUGCUUUGGACUGGAGUUCCAUCAUGCAGAAGAGAGGGGACUAGUUACGGGUCUGCUGGCAAAAUGUUUGUUUAUUGGCAGUUUGUUAUUUCAUCAGUGGAUGUAACCUAUUGAAUUUUGCUCAUCUAAAACGUUGUGAGAGAGAGGGGGCUGGGACAUAAACCGAAAAUUACUGAAAUUGCA